GCGGUAACACCAGGAACACAGACAACAACGAACCGAGAAUGAAUCUGUACGCGCACGAUCUCUCUCUCAUGGACUUCAACUCCUACGAUUUCUCCGAUCCUUAUUCCGAUCCCUUCUCUCACCGCCCUACUUCUUUACUCUCCGAUUCCCGAACUGCCCCUCAUCUCACCGACGACGUAGCUUCUGAUGCCAGGGACGAUUAUGACAUCAAAAGCACCACCAAGCGCGUGGAGCGCAGUCGCAGCCCUCCGAAAUACCGCCACGACGGCACUUCGCCUCUCCCUCUGGGCAUGGAUUGGAGCCCUCCUCCUCGCAAAUGGGAUGGACGAUACUCUGUUUGGCCACAUAACCCACAUACAGGAUGGAGUUACUGUGUCACUGUUCCUUCUUGGAUGUUCCUGCCCAAGUCAAGAGGUUCAGAUCCUGUGGUGUUUUAUAGGGUUCAAGUUGGUAUACAAUCGCCUGAAGGAAUCACCACUACUCGGGGGAUAUUACGAAGAUUUAACGAUUUUUUGAAGCUAUGUUCCGAACUUAAAAAGGAGUUCCCCACAAAAGAUCUUCCCCCAGCUCCUCCAAAGGGGUUUCUGAGAGUGAAAAGUCGGACACUAUUGGAAGAGCGAAGGCGUUCUUUGGAGGAUUGGAUUGAAAAGCUAUUAUCGGACAUUGAUUUAUCAAGAAAUGUCUUGGUUGCAACCUUUCUUGAGCUUGAAGCUGCUGCAAGGUCUUCAUUCCAUGAAGUCAAUCAGGAAUCUGCAGAUGUAAACUCUUCGACUAGUGGCGCAGCUCCAUCAUUUCUGUUACAAGCUCAUUCAGAUCUUUCCAUUGUUGCUGCUAGUUCAUUUAUCACAUCUGAUUAUGGUAAUGAUACUCCCCUUGAUGUAUCUGAGAAUGGAACACCAAGGCAUGGAGAUGAUAACCAUUCUGAUCUUGGCAUGGAGCAUUCAAUAUCUGAACAUGACUUAGCUGAUUCAAUGGAAAAUUCUAAAUUUGGCAUAUUCAACCGGAAUUUUAUCCAGUCAAGCCUAGAAAGGCUGUCCAGGCGCAAAAUGCCUGGCAGAAGUUAUGCCAGUAGUACAGAUAGGGACCGAGUAAGCGAGAAUAACUCUUAUGCCAAACCUCUUUGUAUGGAUGGAACAGAGUUCUUUUCAGAAAUAGAGGAUGACAACCGGGAUGGCCAUGUUCGAAGGCUUUCAACGGAGAGUUUUGGUAGUGACUCGAGUUCUAUGAGAGUUAAUGAAACAUCUAACUUGGGAGUGGCCAAUUUAUUCGGUGAUGGCUCCCUUGAUCUUGCAAAAGGUUCUGAAGCUCCUAAUGCUUUUGUCAAAUCUGAUUUAAGGCUUUCAAGGGACUUAGUAGUUGCUCUUCCAUCUGAGGAGCGACAUAAGUUAAACAGGGUUCUAACUACAUUGCAGCAGAGACUAGCCACAGCAAAAACGGACGUUGAGGAUCUUAUUGCUAGAUUGAAUCAAGAAGUUGCUGUGAGACAAUUUCUCACAACAAAGGUCAAAGAUUUGGAAAUUGAUCUUGAAACUACCAGACAGAAUUGUAAAGAAAACAUGCAGCAGACAGUUUUAACCGAAAAAGAAAGGUUUACCCAAAUGCAGUGGGAUAUGGAGGAACUCCGUAGGAGAUGCUUGGACUUGGAAUCAAAAUUAAAAUCUGAGCAGGACGAAAGGAUGCAUUCAGAGUCAACAAAAGUGUCCAUCCUUCAUGAGAAUGAUGUGUUACACCAGGAGUUGGAUGCCUCUAAGCAGCAACUUGAGAACUUGCAGAAAUAUCAUGAAGAGUUUGAGUCAAAGUCAAAGACAGAUGUAAAGCUACUUGUUAAAGAGGUCAAAUCUCUUCGGAACUCACAAUCAGAAUUGAAGCAGGAACUUAGUCGAUUGAUGAAAGAGAAAUUAGAAGUAGAGAGAAUUCUUCACAAGGAAAGGCGAAGGACAGAGUCGGCAAAUACUGCUAAUGCAAAGUUGUUACAUGAAUGUGAAAUUCUUCUCAAUCGGCUUCAAGAAUGUAGCGUUAAUUUCCUUGUUGAAGAGGAAGAUAAGCUCAUUAUGGAUACUUCAUCUCCAUCUGAUGCUAUAGAUUUACUGACAACUUCUGACAAUCGAAUUGGUCUCCUUCUGGCGGAGGCACAGCUCCUCGCCCAGGAUGUGGAAAACACUGUUAUGGCGGUAGAUGAAACUCACAACGUCAAUGGUAAUGAUAGGAAGGCUGAUGAUGAGCUGAGGAAGAUGCUGACAGAUCAGUUUGUCGACAAUGCCAGAUUAAGGAUGCAGGUCAACUCGGUAAUCCGCUGUGCGUUGUAUACAAAUAUGAAAGCUGAAGAAGAUGAUGAAGACGGAGAUACGCAUCUAAGGAAAACUGUUCUAAGCAAAUUCUUGGAAAGAUGACAUGUGAGCAGUAAUACUUUAGAUAUAUAUAUAUAUAUAUAUGUAUAUGUAUAUGUAUGUAUGUAUGUAUGUAUAUCCAAGUUUUCUAAAUCCUUGUAUACGGUGGUACAAGUUGCCAAUAUACUUUGUACUUCUAUACGACAGGUGGCUGCCUGGAUAACAUUAUUUGUAACAUAUUAUUAAUUAGGCUUAAUUGUUGCAAUCGUCUCUCAACUA